AUGCUGCACUCCCUGUCGAGAUACGCGAACGAAGCCGCCGGUAUCGAGAAGACGCUCAAGUUCAUCCAGUCGUUCUCGCAGGUGGCCGAGAAUGCUGUGGCAUCGACGCCCAAGGAGGCUUUACAGUGGAAGACUGCCAAAGAGCAGACGAACCUCGCUCGCCGCUAUUUCCGACUGUUCAAAUGGAUCGACUCCUGGACCGCAGCAUACAAUCAAUACCAAACAUACCUCGUGCUUGGCUCAGUCUCCAAGCCACCUUCCGAUGUUGACAACAUCAAGGUCGUCUUAACUGUCGCCAAGUUCUCGCUGCUCGGCAUGUACCUGUUUCUGGAGAUGUUUACCCUGACCGACGCCAUGCAAAUCACCAAGACAUCCUGGGCACCAACAAUACAAAUCGAAGCCCUAAAAUUCUGGUUCUACUCGCUCGCCGUGUCCGUCGUGCUCAGCGUGUACGAGCUGUUCGUGCUACAAUUCUCAUCGACCUCACCAGCACACGCCAAUGGUACCAAUAGCAGCCCUGUCGAGAACGAGAAAACGAAAGCUAGUCAGGCGACUAUCACCGUCAAAUCCGGCGGCAAAGAGAGCACGACUGUCGUCGUCCAGCCGAAAUCGACGUCCAUUGCUCAUGAUUUGCGAGCGAAUAGGCGGCAGGCGCUGUUCAAACAGAUUGUGGCUGAUUCCUGCGAUCUGCUCAUCCCCGGAGCGGUGGUCGGGUGGGUGCCGUUGGGUCCCGUGCCGGUCGGUGUGGCUGGGUCGAUCAGUGCUGUGCUCGGAGGGUCGGACGUGUGGGCGAGAGUGAAUCCGUAG